UCUCUUUGAAUCCAAUACAAAACAAAGAUCGAAAAUGGGCUCUCAUCCUGACGCAAAUCUCCAUCCAGUCGCAACCGGCCCCGCCAAAGCCAUUGUCGAUGCCCAUCAAGCCGAACAACCUCUCAAGCUCUACUCUGGUUGGUUCUGCCCCUUCGUCCAACGCAUCUGGACCCUCCUCGAAGAGAAAAAAAUCCCCUAUCAAUACAUCGAAGUCAACCCCUACAACAAACCCGCUUCCCUCCUCUCCUUGAACCCCAGAGGUCUCGUCCCCACUCUCCAAUACAACAACCAACCCCUCUACGAAAGUACAAUCGUAGCAGAAUUUCUCGAAGAUGCUUUUCCCGAUCAUGGACCAAAUUUGAGACCCAAAGAUCCUUAUGAGACUGCGAGGAUGAGAAUCUGGAUUAAUUUCUUUACGGAGAAGGUUGUGACGAGUUUCCAUAAAUUUUUGCAGUGGCAGCCGAUGAGUGAUGGGGAGGGGUUGGAGAGGGUUAGAGGGGAGUUUUUGGGAACGUUGUAUGAACUUGCUAAAGCUGGAGGAGAAGAAAAGGGUGGGCCGUUUUGGAGAGGCGAAGAGCCGUUGCUGAUUGAUUUUGUGGUUGCGCCUUGGAUGGUGAGGUUGUGGGUUUUUGAUGAGUUUAAGGGGGGGUUGGGGUUGCCGGUGGAAGGUGGGGAGGGGGAUGAUGAGGUUUGGAGGAGGUUGAGUGGGUGGAUUAGGGCUUUGGAAGAGAGGGAGAGUGUGAGGGAUACGAUGUCGGAGAGGAAAUAUUAUUUGCCGAUUUAUCAGAGGUAUGCGGAUGAUGUGGCGCAGAGUGAGUUGGCGAAGGCGACGAGGCAGGGUGGGAGGGUGCCGUAGGUUGAGGACCAGAAGUGAAAGGUGAAUUGAUAGUUUGUGAGAUUCGUGAUGCACUUGUUUGAUACUGUGGCUUCUUUUGCUCAUCUCACGAACCAUCGUCGGAGCCCU